AAUGACACACGCAGCAGUGUAAUUUGUUUUUAAGGCGCUGAUGGUCGUCUCGAAAGUGUAGUUGCGCAUAUUAUCUGAACAAGCUUCGAAGCUUCCUUCUAUGCCAGUGUGUAUAAAGUUAGCUUCGAAACAAGAGACCUUCCUACUUUGACAAGCUUCGAUCGAUCGAGAUAGUUGAAUAUUUUUUCGAUCUUCUUUCACCGGCCAGAUACAUUGACGCGAUGAAUUUUAUCUACGGAUUUCUUCUAGUUUUCGGAUUCGUUUAUGUCGCUCCAGGCGUUCAAUCGAUAUGUCAAAUCCCGGACGCCGUGAUCGAUACUCCAUGGAUAGACAUGGUUGACUCAUGUACCGAAGAAUUAAAGGAUCAAGUGAAAAUGGAAAUCGGCGCGUCCAUGACAUAUCUCGCCAUGGGUGCUUACUUUUCACGUGACAGUGUAAGCCGACCUGGAUUCAGUAAGUUGUUCAUGCAAGCAGCGGAUGAAGAACGUGAACAUGCGAUCAAACUUAUUGAAUACAUGUUAAUGCGAGGAGACGUAACUCGGGACUUCCAGAAUCUACUCCCGGCAUCGCUGACUGCUCCAAAAUUAGAAUGGCGGGACGGAGUACAAGCACUUAAAGAUGCCCUUGCCAAGGAAGUCAACGUUACAACGAAUAUUCGAAAAGUAAUUACCAACUGCGAGACACCACCAAACGGAGCCAAAAACGAUUAUCACUUGGUAGAUUAUCUUACCGCCGAUUUCCUGGAUGAGCAAUACAGAGGACAGCGCGAUCUGGCUGGAAAAUACACAACCCUUCGAAAAAUGAUGGAUACUUACGGUCCGAUUGGAGAAUUUUUGUUUGACAAGAAACUGCUCAACGGAGAACUGUAAAUAAGGUCGUUUGAUGCAGGAGACAAGGAAUAUGUUUAAUUUUCCUUUUAUUACAAGACAGUCACAUUUAGAACUAAUUGUAAAUGGCAACUUGAAUUUGAUUCCAUCGCGUACACUAUGCUAGUGUAGUUACUUGGUUUUCCAAUGUCUUUUAUUUAUUACGUAACAACUAAUUCAUAAGGUAUAUUUCCAUAUAAAUUGCCAGUGUAAGAAAUUCUCCAAAAAUAAAAGCCACAGCCUAGCAAUAAUUCAGUAGAGUAAGAAAAAUACAAUCCUGCAUCAUUAUUAUUUUUAAAUAUAUCUGUAAGUCAUAAGUGCGUGUCAUAGUUUUAAGACAACGUAUGAAGAAGAGGGCUUAUGUUCUUCGCAAAUGAGCGAAUAAAAUUCAUACUGUAAACGGCUAUGAGUGAAUAAACAAAUACCGCACCGA